AUGCGCAUGCGCAGCCCGCUGCGCGGAAACGGCGCAUGUGCGGCCGGUACCGUCGGUAACGGAAGGACGCUGUGGCCCUGCGGCAGCGAUGGCUCGGCGUGUCGUGAAAGGGCUGCUGGUGCUGGAGGCGGCGGGGCUGCUCGGCGCUCUCCUGCUCUACCGCGCCAUGGACCGCAGCCAAGGUGCGGCGGGACGGCCGGGGGACGGGGUGGCAGCCGGGGCAGGGCGAGCUUCUCCCCGCCUGAGGCGCCUUCGGAGCACCUCACGCUGCUUGCGCGGGGGUUUGUAAAUUGGGGUCUACUGACCUGGCUCGGCUUGUGUCAGUAUUUCAGAUACACAAUGCAGAAGAAGUUCCCAUCAAUUCUGGAAGUGUAUUACAAAUCCAAUGAGUGGUCUGGAAUUCACGGCAUAAGGGAGAAUGACCAAAUGGCAUGGUUAAGCAGCAAGAAUUAAAGUAAGAAAGGCGUCUGAUUGACUGAAAAAUUAUUUUAGAAUAAUUAUUGUAAAAAAUGUCCACAUUAAAAUGUCCAGUUCA